AUGCAGCGCGGGGGGUGGGAGCCGGUGGCGCGGGAGGACCGCGUCGCCGACAAAAUGAAGAGCGGCACCGCAGGCGGCGGAGAUGAACACGUGACCGCCCUGCGCAGCAGCCAGCUGGCCGCGGACACCAAUGAGAACCUGCUGCGGGCGCUGCGGGCGAGUGAGGCGACCAACGAGACGGGCUACGCGACGCUGCAGCAGCUGGGGCGGCAAAAGGAAACCAUCGCCCGCACCCUGGCGGGCGUUGAGGGGACGCGGGAGGAGUUGAGCGGCGCCCGAAGGACGAUCCGCGACAUCCGCGUAGGCGUCUACAAGGAGUGGGCGGUGAAGGGGCUCGUGCUGCUGCUGCUGCUGCUGCUGGACAUCGUCCUCUUCUACGUGAAGUUUAUUCGGCGCUAG